AUGCUUCCUCCCGCUCCCCCGGUAGGCAUAUAUCCUCAUAUGCUACCGACUCCUCCCCCUUCUCCCCCUAUCGCCCGCUGUUAUGCCCCGGAAGACCGUUUGGGAUUGCUCCUGGCCAACCGGCUGGAGCUGACUAGUAUCUUGGGAGUCGGCGCCUAUGGCGUCGUCUACACGGCCGUCGACAUUCAUACCAAUGUCCUGUAUGCUGUCAAGGCCCUCAACAAGACCGGACUGGAUCCCCGGCAGCUCAAGUACCAGCAGCGGGAGAUCAAGCUGCAUCAUUUGGCCAGCCAACAUCCCAAUGUGGUUUCCUUGGUCCGCAUCAUGGAUUCCUUCGACUGCACCUACGUGGUCAUUGAGUUUUGUCCCGAGGGUGAUCUGUUCUCCAGCAUCACCGAGAAGGGCAACUUCAUCGGCAACGACCCCUUGGUCAAGCGCGUAUAUCUCCAAAUCCUGGAUGCCGUCCACUUCUGCCAUUCCGUCGGGAUCUAUCAUCGGGACCUCAAGCCGGAGAACAUCUUGGUAACGGACCAGGGAUUGACGGUCAAACUUGCUGACUUUGGCCUUGCUACUGCGGACCCAUUUACCUCGGAUUUUGGUUGCGGAUCUACGUUCUACAUGUCACCAGAAUGUCAACAACCAAAUCCACGACCCAUGUCCUGGUACGAAAGCGCACCCAAUGACGUCUGGAGCCUGGGUGUUAUCCUCGUCAACCUCACGUGCGGCCGUAACCCCUGGAAGCGUGCCUCCAUUGAGGACUCCACCUUCCGGGCCUACCUCAAGGAUCCCAUGUUCCUCAAGUCCAUUCUUCCCCUGUCCGAUGAGAUGAUCUGUAUCCUGAGCCGCAUCUUCGAAUGUGACCCUAGGAAGAGGAUCACCAUUCCCGAGCUUCGCAACUUGAUCUUGGACUGUCCUCAGUUCACGAUGAACCCCGUGACUCAGUGGCCCGUCGACGGAUCUCUUCCGGGAGACUGCGUGAACCACGCUGAGGUCCCGGACCAUGUCCCGGUGAAUGUCUACAACUCUUCUUCCUCUUCCUCGUCUGCUUCAUCGUCGCACUACUCGGAUUCGCUGGAAUCCGCCGUCUCGGAUGCCUCUUCGUUCACCGAAGGGUACACGGACUUGGACAGCGUGUCGUCGAUGUCUUCGGUCGGACUGGAUCCCGAGGUUGACUGCAAAGAUGAUUUCCCGCAGGCGGACUCCGUCGCAUGCAGUGACCUCCCUGAGCCUCUCAUCGUGCCACCCUUUACCAUUCCCAUUCCCGUGUGUUAG